UUUGUUUUCUUUAUUCAAUGACUACCACCGCUGCUACUGCUACUACGCCAAAGGAAUCAACAAGCAAAUUGCCUCCUCCAUCUGCUUUGUUUGAAUCCAAUUACUUUUAUAAUAACAAUAAUAAUAAAAACCAAAAUUCAGUAGCAAUGACUGAAACUACGCCUAACAGUAGUAGCCCAUCAAAUCCUGGUAGACAAGUCUACAUUCUUCCUCCUCCUUCUUCAUUGCCUGGAUAUCAUCUCCAAGCUCCUGUUGCUGCAAAUGCCAAUACAAAUGCUUAUUACUAUCAACAACAGGAAUAUCCUGCUCAAUACUACUACCCUAGUCCUGUGACUACGCCUACAAGUGGUGGUGUUAAACGAUCAAAUCCUUUGAAUAGUCAUUCUACUACAAAAAAGCGAGCUAGAAAGAAUAACGUAACAACAAUAGCAGCCAAUGAUGACAUUUCAUUAGCCGCUGCUACUUUAGCUUCUUUUGCUUCUUCCCCUUCCUCUUCCUCUAAUGAAGAGGAAGAAGAGCAACCAAAACAAAUUAAGAAAGAACCACGAAAGAAGAGACAAUACAAGAAAUCAAAAGAAGAUAAUCAAUCGUCAUUGAAACAACAAGAAAACCAAGUUUUAGAGGCUGCUCGAAUUUUGAUGGAUAUUUCAAGAUGUGUGGUUCGACAAGUCAGUGUAGCAAACUAAACACUAUGUGCAUAAUAACUUUUAUUUUUUUAUUGAAAAAAAAAAUCAUUGUAAAUAAUAAUAAUAAAAAAAAUUACUACUCAUCUAU